AUGUCAAUGUCACCUGUACUCUUCCUUCAAUAUAGCAUCUACAUCAGCAUCCACUGUCUUCCUUCAGAUAUAGCAUCUACAUCAGCAUCCACUCCUGCAAUGUCAGCCACUAGUACUCUUCCUUCAGAUAUAGCAUCUACAUCAGCAUCCACUCCUGCAAUGUCAACCACUAGUACUCUUCCUUCAGAUAUAGCAUCCACAUCAGAAUGUCAGCCACUAGUUCAUUCAGAUAUAGCAUCUACAUCACCUUCCACUCCUGCAAUGUCAACCACUAGUACUCUUCCUUCAGAUAUAGCAUCCACAUCAGCAUCCACACCUGCAAUGUCAACCACUAGUACUCUUCCUUCAGAUAUAGCAUCUACAUCACCUUCCACUCUUUCCUUCAGAUAUGUAAUAACCACUAGUAACCUCUUUCCCUUCAGAUAUAGCAUCUACAUCAGCAUCCACUCCUGCAAUGUCAACCACUAG